AAUGGAAUACUGCGAGUUAACUUUGUUUACCCAGAUUUAUAAAUUUGGUUUUUCAUUACUUACAUAAACUUAAUGUAAAAAUAAUGUCAGACCAUAAUGAAACUAGGUUUGCAAUGAUUUCACUCCAGCUAACUUACGAUGUUGAGUCAAAACCUUCAAAACAGUGAGUGGAAGAGAAAGUGUCUCACGUAGUAAAUAACGGGUCGAUAUGAAUAUGUCUGUCCCUGAUUUAUCGGUGGGAUGCCGUUUUGCUGAUUAUUUUGUGAUUUGCGGUCUUGAUAUCGAUUCCGGGUUAGAACCAGAUAGACUUUGUGGCGAUAACUUACACGUCUCUCCCCUCGAUCGAGCAUAUAAAGGCAAGAUUUUGGCUCAUUAUCCUGAUAAUGUAUCAAGUAAUCCUUUUGAUGAGCAUGCAGUGUGCAUGCUCUGUUUCCCAGCUGGCUUACAGUUUAAAACUCAAAAACACUGCUUAGAACCAAGAUUCCACAGCUUUGUAGUGACCAGAGAGAAUGCAUCAAGAUACUAUGGCUUCAGUCUUAUCUUUUACGAAGAAGUUAGGAACAGAAACAUCUGUAGUGCGAUGCACACAUUGCAGACAAUGUAUAUCACAGAAUUAUCAAGUGGACAGACACCACCUGGCCAUAGAAAAACUACAGGCAAAGAGAGUUCCCGGUCUCUCCCUCGGUCUUUCAAAUUGGCGCCACACACUGGCGCCGCAUCGAAUUACUAUGAAAUAGCCAAAGAUAAACUCUAUGUAGCCAAAAGUAUUGCUCUCAUAUGUCAAUACCCUUAUGUUAGAGUAUCACAGAUGUUUUUAGAGAAUUUAUUUAGGUCAUUGCCAAGACAGCCAGGUCCCGGGCUAAGCCCAGAAUCCUAUGUCUACAACUUGCUAUAUGAAGUUCCAGUGCCCCUACUUGGACAGGCGUUACGACUCUAUGUACCACCAGCAGAGCCUCAUCUUGAUCCUAUACCAGUAGUGAUAAGAAUGCCAAAUCCACCGGAAGAGUUACCUCUGCUCGAUUAUCCGUUGCGCGUAAUGUUUAGCACUUUGGGUGUUGAGUGCGUUGUUCAGUUAUUUACUUGCGUUCUUUUAGAGCACCAAGUUUUACUUCGGUCUAGUGAUUAUAACAAAUUGAUGUUAGUAGCGGAAUGCAUUAUCUCUCUUUUACUACCUUUCACAUGGGCUCAUGUCUAUGUACCUAUUCUACCGGCGCCAUUGUACCAUUUUCUCGACGCGCCGGUACCUUUCGUCAUGGGUCUCCACAGCGACAGUGCAGCUCUCAGUUUAACCCCUAACGGCCCUCGAAGCGUCGUCCUCGGCUCAGAAGCAGCAUUGUGCUUGGUUGAUAUCGACAAGCCGGAUAUUCAACUGCCAGAAGAAUUACCUAUAUUCCCUCAUCGAACCCCUUUGAUUGAAGAACUUAAUCACAUUUUGGAUAAACAUCAGAUUCAAAGACCUGAAACAGAACCAACUAAACUGGGUGUACCAAUAAACGGCAGCUCCUACAAACCCAUGAAUGACAGCAUGAGCAGUAGCUGUACCUUGCCAUCAGGGGGUCUACGAAGAAAACAUUCUUUCCACGACGUACUCGAUUGGGACGAGAGCAGGCCACUGAACGCAUCACCACCGGGCUCACCUACACGACGAGCAGCGCCGCGUCGCCUCGACGCUUUGCAGAGAAUCGUUGAUAUUGUCAAACGAACAGGAGUAAACAUAGACGAUGUAGAUGCAGAAACAGUAAUGCCGACUACUAAAAAGAAAAUUCUAAACGACGAGGAACAGUACGCUGAAGAUAUUCGCUUCAACGUUGCCAUCCGCGAAACGUUUCUCAACCGCUUCGUUCAUAUUUUUCUUAUGUAUGAGAAUUUUGUCAUCAUGCCUGACCAGGGUCGCGAUUCCUGGCUAACUGCUCGUGAAUCAAUGGUGAACUUCGAUAAGGCGUCUUUCCUCUCGGACCAGCCGCAGCGCCACCGACCAUUUCUGUCUCGCUUCCUAGAGACGCAGAUGUUCGCCACUCUCAUUGAUAACAAAAUUAUGACCAACUGGGGUGAAUACGACGCGAACCUGCAAGUAUUCGAGCAUCGAAUAAAAUCUGUCAGGCGGCGGUUGGGCGAGGGAGGGCUAGCCACGCGCGGGUACAGCGUGUGGGCGGGGCUGGCGGGGGGCGGGGGCUCUGCGGGCGCGGAGCUGGAGGUGGGCGCGCCCGGCGAGCGUCUGCCGCACCGCGCCGCGUACUACCGCGCCUUCCCCGCGCGCCUCGACGCCAACGCGCUGGCUCCCCCACCCGCCAACGACCGCAGAACCAACAGUCUGAAGCGCAUAAAGAACGCGAAAUGGCAAGUGAAAGAUUGUCCGCCAGAAUUACUACUUGGUGAUAUUACCAGGAGAUUGUCCACAGAAGUAACGCCGGCCGCUAUUGCUCAAAAUAACAGGACUUUUGUUGAAAAACUGCUCAAGGAAUGUAAAACCAAAACAAAACGAAUGCUACUUGAGAAAAUGGGUACAGAAGAAACAGAUCUAGGUUUUGGAACAGAAGUGUCAAUAACAGGAGUUGAAGAAAGUACUAUGAUUGCCUCUCUAUGUGACUUGCUGGAGAGGUUAUGGUCUCAUGGGCUACAGCAUAAGAUGGGUAAAUCAGCGUUGUGGAUGCAUUUGACGAACUAUCAAGAAUUGGAACAAUGCAGUAAUUCUACAAAACCCAUUGAUCCGAACUAUCUUACUCCUGCUUUGGCCUGGUGUGUGUUACGGAAACGUCUAGAUUAUUUAUCAUCAGUCGGUGCCGAAGUUGAAGCUCAGCAAGGUUCGAGUAGCGCGAAUCGCUCCCGUGAUAGUUCUCGAGGUGGGUCCCGAGACAGUUCUCGAGACAGACUUAGCAACUCUGGUACUUUGGAGCGCAAGUCAAGUCAACCACCGUGUCCGUUACGGCCGCUGCCUGAAAGUCUAACUUUUGACAUGAGGAACGUCCAAGCAAUGACCGAUAUUAAGACAGAAAUAGGCUACGCACGCGCCUGGGUGCGUCUGUCUCUCGAAAAGAAAUUGUUAUCGAAGCAUUUAAGAGAAUUACUAGCUGAUGCUACAUUACUACGAUCUCAGUAUAAGAGAACAGCGUUCUUGAGAUGUGAAGAGGAAAGGGAACAAUUCCUAUACCAUUUGCUGACUUUGAACGCUGUUGACUAUUUUUGUUUCACUAAUACUUAUCUCACCGCAAAACUGCCCUAUCGUGUUCUCAUAGUGCCAUCGCGUAAAGCGAGUCAAACUACAGCCAACUGUUGGAUUUCAAUAUCUGGAGCAAACGGAGAGUCCACACCCAAAAUACCUAUUCCACGAAAUACUAGUGAAUUUGUUUUCCACCAUAAAAAUUUGGGUAUCCUAUCAACAUUACGUAUCGGCCAUGACAACUCAGGAUUAUCACCUCGAUGGCUGCUAGAUCAAGUUUACGUGAGAAAUGAAGUUACUGGACACACGUACACAUUCCCGUGUAACCGAUGGCUAGGCACUGGCGUAGAUGAUGGUUCUACAGAGCGACUUUUAGUAGCAACACGCAUGCGCAGCGACCGUACACCUCGAACCCCGGCGCCCCCCGCGCUACAGCCCCCGCAAACCCCGACCACUACCCAUCUAUCCACUUCCACCAUACAACACAUGAUUGGUGAUUGUGUCAACGCUAUUGUGAAAUGGCAUUACCAAUCUAAAAGGGACAAAGACGCAAACUCUCUAAGUGUGUUACUUUGUGGCGAAAAUGGCCUUGUAAAAUGUUUGGAGCAAGCUUUCCUAUGUGGUUUCAAAUCUUCCAGACUGUUCGGAAAAAAUCUUUUUAUUUGGGACUAUUUUGCUAGAGUAAAAGAAGAAUUCAAAAUGAGUUUAUGCGACGAGGCGAGUGCUCAAUCAAACAAGAGCUGCGGCGGCGUAGCAUACAACUGCCGGCAGGACCAAGAACACAGAUCUAUCUGGCGGUGUUACUGUCACCUAAUGGACGAAAUCAGUUCUGUAGGCCGUACGUCGGGCAAGGACGGGAAAUUCCAGUUAUUUAUUUGUUUGAGUUUACGAGAACACUGGCUACAUAGAAUGUUGGUGCCCAUGUCCAUGACCCGCGUCACCGGUGAAAUGUACGAAGAGCAAAGUUUCCUACGCAAACGUGGACUUCUCACCUUUCUAAGGCAAAUCCUCGAACCGCUAGAUGAAUUUGAUAUUGUUCUAGAAAACUCUUUAACCCAGGGAAUCUAAAUAUCGAUAUAUUAUGUCUAUAAUUGAACAAAAAAGUGACACGUGGCUUUGUCAAUUUUCCAGUCGUAAAAUGGGUUUUGAAUGCAAUUUCUCGUUUCUAGAGACCAGUGACAAGAUUCAGAACCAGAUAAAAUGUUUUAUAAAUUUACAUUGCCCUUUAACAGGUUGGGAGUAAUUACACAUAUAAAUAUUUGUUUGGUUUACUAAUUUUAAGUACGAAUACUUUUUAUGUGCAAUUUUCAUAACUUUGAUACAAACUAUAUGCGCAAUAAAUGAUAUUGACAAACUGAUGAAAAUGUGGGAAAAGUAUUAGGCAUAAUACUGAAAAUCUCCAUGACUAGUAUAAAUAAAUAAAAAAUACUCAAUACUCAUAUUUUAAAUUGUAAACUUAAGUACCUAAUAUAGCUUUAUCAGGGUUUGAUUUUAUACCUUUGUUAUUAUGAAGUUUUUGUUUGAUGUAAUUAUCUUGCCAAGUGAACCCAAAGAUUAUGUUUGUAAUGGUGCUUGUCUCGCAUUUGUUUUUGUUUUAUUGUAUUUAUAACAUAGGUAAUUGUAGUAGAACCUAAACUUAGGAUGCAAGCAAGUUAUAUAAACGAACGUAUUUGAAUACCGAUAGAGUUCCGUGUUCACCAAGAUGAGAGUUUUUUAUGGCAGAAACUCAUAUAUGUACUUGUAGGUUUGAAUGUAACAAAAUUCUCAUAUUACGAAAUUAUAGAAAAGAUUAUCGAUAUUAAAACUUCCGUAUCUGUAGCUAAUGCGUUCAGAACGCCAUAAAUGAAACAUUUAUGUUUGAUUCAUCUCAUAAUAUAUUCUAUUUCUUGCACUAAAUGUGAUUUAGUAUAUUUUCAUUCGUUAUAUAUCUUUUUUGUACGCUAUUUUAAGUUUUCAAAGUCGCAGUUUUGCCCGGAACUUAUGAAAUAAAGAUCUGAAACUUAUUACACUACCGAAGAUUAGGAAUUCAUUUUACUAAUGUAUUAGCUAAGUGUCAAUUUAAUAUUGUAUCGUUACGAACAAUUGUAUCAUACAGUAGUGUCAAAUACGUUUAAAGAAAGUAGACAGUUUUUGUGAUCUCAGACAUUUCGGUAGUUUUGUAGAACUAAUUUAGGUUCAAAUACUCGCCCAUUAAAACAUGAAAUGCGUAAUUUACUUCACUGUGAAGAGUAGAUGUAUGUAAUUCUAAGGUAUUGCCUACGCAGUGUCAAAAGACGUUUGUGCAAGCACAAUAAAUUCAAUGGAUAUUUUGUCAAUUUGUUCAAGCGAGUUCGCAAAAAACCUCUCGAAUCCGACCAUAACCGCUAGUUAUGUUUCAUACGUUUUCUCGUGUAUCUAUAGCCAUCUAUGAUCUCUGUGUACAUAACGGACAACUUUGUUAGACAACGAAAAAAUUACGUUGUAAAUAUGCGUGCCUUAUUUCAAUUUCAAUAUAAAUUUUGACUACUUGCGUAAAAAGUCACAAAAAGGUGUAGUUGGUUCGCCGUUUUGAACAUAAAAGUAGUUUGCUGUCCACACUGGUAUAACCUUAGUCCGGCGACAACAUUCUUCAAUUUUGAGAACCACAGCGUUUAGCUUAGAUUCGUUGGUUAGUCCUUCCUAGUCGCAAAAUUCUAAAACUAGUUGCUUAAUUCCCUCCGACAGAUAUCGGAGAUUCAAAUUAUUUAGUUGAUAGUUAUAGUACCUAAAAUAAUCAUCAAUUUGUAGUGGCGUAGUGGCGUGAACAACGAAGGCCUGCUUGGUCUUUGUGAAAUUGCUCACGCAUACGAUGUUGCAAAAAAUGAACAUAAAUACCUUCCGUAUGUCUUUUUCGUUCAUUUUAUGUAAAUAGAAUUUAAAUGUUUAUUUCCAUUAAAUAACCGUCACAUAGCUUUUGAUACUGAGUUUAAUUGGUAAUUUUGCGAAAAAUAUGACCUAGGUGCUUUAUUCAUUAGGUCCGUACCUACUAGACUCCUUCACGUGUCUUGCUCGCUUAGGGCAGGCCAGGAGCAUAACAACUAAAUCUACUUUUUUGCGACUGAAGCCAUCUAAAUCACGGAUUUUUACCUCACCAGUCAACUUAAUAAUUCAAUUAAGUUUACGUUGAUGUUGAAAUAAAGCAUAGAGGUAGAGGUGUAUUACAAAGGAAAAUAUAGAGGGGAAAUGUUUAUAAACUGUUUGUAUAUAAAUAGUCAAGAAUACCUUCUAUAUUUAAUUUUAUGUGUAUAGCGCCUUGCAAAAACAUCCAUCUUCACAUUAAUGCUCCAUUAAGUAUAAUGCUGUCUCUAGUUUUGUUUUGAUGAUUAAGGGUUUGUUUAUAAUUAAAUACAAAUUAUUUUGAGAUCUUUUCUGCAACUCGCUGAUAGCCUCAUGAAUUACUCAUUAUUUUAAACUAAAAGUGGCAUUUAAGUAUGUAGUUGGUCUUGCAGCCUUUAUAACCAAAGAUUUUCAUGUUAAUUUCCUUAACCAAAUACGAAAAACGAAGGUCCACGAAAUUAUAUAACUUCUUAUAAAAACUGUACAGACUUUUAGUGUGUAAGAACUUUAAUUGUAGUAAUUGAAUGUGUCGUAACCAUUCAACUCUUAGGCAUUUUUAUCAAUAAUAUUUGGAAAUUACGAAAACUUAAAUUAGUCUCUCAAUGUAAUCCUGAAGUGUGACACACGUUAAUGGUUUAAUGAGUAGAAACUACAUAAUUCCAUUUCAAAUGGUUGUUUAAAAGUUCUUGCCGUCCUUUGUUGUUGUUCUCAAUAUACCAUUUAUCAUUAUAUCCCUAAAGCAGAACUUUGGAGAAAGCCUUUAUUAAUAUAGCCUUCUAGUUAAGGAAUUCAUUUAUUGAAACUCGUGUAUACUUUAAUAACUCUUAAUAAUUAUGUUCAUUUAGAUGAUUUAGAUUCACCAUGAGUUAUGUACUUUAAAACUGAAAGUAAGGACUUCUUGAGUGUAUGCAUUUGUUUAAAAAAAUAAGAUUAUUAUUUAAGUAGGUGUAUACGUCGAAACAAUAGAGCCAGACCAUACAUCAGCUGUUGUAUGUAGGUACUCAUGAUGAUAAACUACUUUAGGCGAAAAAUAAAAUUCGCCAGAAAUCUGUACUUCUUCGUACAAAAUGUAAACCAAAACAGUUCUUGAAAAUUUAGCAACCAAAUUAUUUUUCUCGCAUUAACUUUUAGUUUUUUUUUUUUGCAAAAAUUAUUUGUUAACAUGAGUAUGAACACCAACUGAAAUACAGUUCCUUUUGCAAAUCCUUUUGUUUCACCUUGUUCAUUGUAUUAUUAUUGUGUCAUGGAACGACAGUAAUAAUAUGUAUUCAUCUUGGAAGUUCUUGGGCUUAAACCCAGUAACUCCCAGCAGCUUAAGUUAAAAUGCAUGUGCCAAACAUUUUUAUAACAAGUAGCAUUCAAGAAGUUAAAAUCGGUAUAUCGGUAAUUUAUACUAUCCAUUGUGAAUUCUUACAUUUCGGAACAUGGACAGUGACUAAAACGUUACCUAUAAUAUAAGAUUCAUAUUAUUAUUUUCUUUUUUUUCAUGUUAUUUUUUGUAGAGUAACUAUCUCCAUAAUUUCAAGCAAAACU